GAUUGACACCUGUCUUGGGCUACACUCAAGAUUAUCUAACAAUUCAGAUUUAUUAGAAUAAAGAUACAAAUUGAAAUUGGCACUUCUCUGGUUCGUACUGGUUCAUACACGACCAGCUGCUCACGCCUCUUCCCACCAGAUUGACGCUUCUGACAUGCAGCGUCACUGCAAAGGCCAAACCGAUCUAAACCAACCGGGCUUCAUUCCUUAAAUCACGUCAUUACAGGCACAUGGCGUGGCGCAAUCCAUCCCUCAACAAAAUCACAGUUGAAUACCAGUUCUGGCUCCAAAGACUGCAGCUGUAGGGCCCUGCUUGUUCCUGAGCACUGUAGGAUGGUGUUGUGGCACCACGGCCACCUUACAUUAAUAGACAAACUUUGAUAUCUGUGUGAACAGCGGAGCACAUCAGCCCAACCAUGAGGGACAGACUGAGCAACCUGCAGCAAAUGUCCAGCGGACCUGUGGAGCAGAUGGAGUAUGCCGAGUCCACUGUCUCCGAGGCCUUCAGUACCGUGGACCUGGAGGAGGAGUUGACACAUGAGGCCGUGGUGUUUGACAACAGCCCGGCUCUGGAUGAGGUUUUUUCCCAUUCGCAGGACAUCCACAGAGAGGUCCAGCUCAUCCGACUGGAUAUCAAAAGGCUUCGCGAGCAUAACUCCCGCAUGGUCGGUGGUGUCACAACCAUGAGCAUUAUCAAAAGGGACUCCAACGCUAUUGGUGCUGACAUAAAGUCUCGAGCUGAGGAGGUGCUGGCACGCCUGCAGGUCAUGGACGGCGAGGCAAAAAAGCUUGAAGAAGAAUAUGGCUCAAAUUCCGCCGUAACACGAAUUGCGAGAACCCAGUAUGCUAGCCUCAGCAAUGGUUUCCGCGACACCAUGUUUGACUAUAAUGAGGCUGAGAUGAGCCAUCGAGAAAACUGUAAAGCCCAGAUCCAGAGGCAAAUGGAGAUAGUGGGACGCGAGGUGACAGGAGAGGAAGUGGAGGAGAUGAUCGAGAAAGGUCAGUUACACAUCUUUAAUGACAACAUUAUGGCUGAAGGUAAAACGGCUCGAUCAGCUCUGUCCCAGAUUGAGAAACGCCACCAAGAGUUGAUUGACCUGGAGUCACGUAUCCAAGGCAUCCAUGAGAUUUUCCUGGACAUUGCCAUGCUGGUUGAGGAGCAGGGCCCCAUGCUGAAUGCCAUCCAAACCAACGUGCAGAAGACCGAUGAAAGCAUACAGGAGGCACUCGUUAAACUCGGCAGGGCCCAACGUCACGACAAAAACAACCCCUUUAGAAAGAUGUUUUGCAGCUGUUUCCCCUGCGUCGACUAAUGACUACAGUACAGUACAAACAUGGGUAGUGAUUUCGAAAUUACAAUGCUGUCUAGACAAGGAAAAGUGGGGAAUUUUAAGAACAUUUUCUGUAUGUUUCAAUUGUACAAACUUCAAUAUUGAUAAAAGUUAAAACUCUUGUGUCUAGAUUUAAAGACAAGGGUAAAAUAUUUGUAAUAUUGUAUUUAAGUGAUCCCUCGACCUCUAAUGUUUGAGACAGGUAUCUCAAAUCCAAAUUCAUUCCCCUAUGAUGCAGGUGUCAUGCCUCGAGCAAAUGGUAUUUGAAAAUGUUGUUUAUGUUUUGAAUGUCUGCUGAGUUUCCACAUGUGAGGGAUUUAUCAUAAUGCAAUGACUGCAACACGUAAAUUCAUUUAUGCAAUUGUUUCUGAGAUUAUAUUGUAUAGAGUCUUAUGAAGCCUUUUAUGUAAUUAAAUGUGUCGCUUCAUCUCAAUUCACUGGUAAAAAUAGCUAUUCUUGACUUACGGCUGAAAUAAAUUUGACUUGAUUUUUGAUUAAAUUGUUAAUAUAUUCUGCAUUCUUUUCUCUAUAUAUAUAAAUCAUAAUAUUGGGUCAAAAUAAAUCAGCCUUUUUGUGAUUACCAUUACACUCCUCCCCAUCUCCCAUUAUUGUCUUAUCUUUACUGUUUCUUUUACCACCAGUAGGCCUACAUUACAGCAGCCUAAUAGGAUGUCAGUCGCAAUGUUAUGUACCUGGAUCUUUUACUUUACACUGCUAUUUUAUGAUUGUAUGUCUGAUAAUACCUUUCUUCUGUGGUGUCAUAUAUUACAUAAAUAGUUAUAUUAAAA